AUGCAGAGGAAAGCUGUGGAGUUGUUGGAAAAACAGCUCCAACUUCAGGCCGACGAUGAGGACCAGCGUAUCGCAAGGGCAAUCAGGGAACGUGAAGAGGUAUUUUUGCGGGAGGAGGCCGCUAAGAAGGAGAAGCAGGAGAGGGGUAUCCGGGAGAUACUGGAGCACCUGAAAGUGGUGCUUAAAGAGAAGGCUAUUGCGAAGACAGAGGAAGAGAAGCAGGCUGUCGAGGACCUGAAGAGGCGUAUUGCUGACGCCGAAGCCCUAGUCAAAGAGGAAGCUGAGAAACGGGCCAAACAGAGGGCAAUCUGCAAGGAACUGGCUGAUGACUGGCUCCAGAAGGCGGUACGUGCACUUGUACGAUGCGAUGCAGUCAAGCUAGCCUGCGUUCCUCAUUGGGAUUACAGUAGAUUCCCUAUCUCAUACAAGGUGGUGGAUUCACUGAAAAAAAUGUAA